AAAACAGAAGUCUCCCCACCCAUCUGCAGCGUACUGUCGUUCUACCUCAUCCGCAACCUGCAUUUCAGUAAAUCCACGCCGACACGGGGAUUUUGGCCGCACCGCACCGACUCAUGCGGACUUUCCUUUGACUUCUUUUCCACGCGGCGCCGCGGAAACGCUCCGAAAGCGCACUAGGCCACCCGGCUGCUUCAAACCAGAAGUGCAGGAGUCGCUUUGAGUGUGUUUGCAUUCCAAGUCGGUGUCUGUGUGUGUGUGUGUGCGUGUGUGUGAGAGAGAGAUAGAGAGAGCGCAGGGCCUCAGACACAUCUGAUCUCCGUUCAGCCAUGUAUCAAGUUGUGAAGAAGCUGUUUUUCACGGACUGUCGCUGCGCAGCAGAGGAUGCGUCGAGAACGUACGAGGAUCUGUUCGCCAAGCUGGACGCCAACAAGGAUGGAAAAGUGGAUGUGGCCGAGUUGAAGGCUGGCAUGGCUGCAAUGGGCAUCAAACCCGGGAAAGGGGCGGCCCAGAAAAUAGUUUCGUCUGGAGACCAAGACAAAGACGACGGGCUCGACUUCAACGAGUUCUCCAAAUAUCUGAAGGAGCAUGAGAAGAAGUUACGCCUCACCUUCAAAAGCUUGGACAAAAAUAAUGAUGGUCGAAUCGACUUCAUGGAGAUCAAACAGUCCCUGGCAGACCUGGGACUCGACAUCAGCAAAGAGGAGGCAGAGAAAAUCCUUCAGAGCAUCGACGUGGAUGGCACCAUGACUCUGGACUGGAAUGAAUGGAGGGAGCACUUCCUGUUUAAUCCUGCCACCAACCUGCAGGAGAUUAUCCGCUAUUGGAAGCACACCACGGCUUUGGAUAUUGGGGACAGCCUCACCAUCCCAGACGAGUUCACAGAGGAGGAGAAGACCACUGGUCUGUGGUGGAAGCAGCUGGCGGCAGGUGCCGUGGCCGGCGCCGUUUCACGAACAGGAACCGCCCCUCUGGACAGAAUGAAGGUCUUCCUGCAGGUUCAUGCUUCUAAGAGCAACAAAAUCAGUUUGGUUGGUGGCUUCAAGGACAUGAUAAAGGAAGGAGGCCUGUCAUCACUGUGGAGAGGAAAUGGUAUCAAUGUCCUGAAGAUUGCUCCUGAGACAGCUAUUAAAUUCAUGGCUUAUGAACAGUACAAGAAGAUGCUGGCUAGUGAACCAGGAAAGGUGAAGACCCACGAGAGGUUCUUGGCAGGAUCGCUGGCUGGAGCCACUGCGCAAACAGCAAUCUACCCAAUGGAGGUGCUGAAAACUCGUCUGACCCUGAGGAAAACCGGACAAUACUCAGGGAUAUUUGAUUGUGCCAAGAAAAUCCUGAAGAAGGAGGGAGUGAAGGCAUUUUACAAGGGCUACCUCCCCAAUAUUCUGGGCAUUAUUCCCUAUGCUGGAAUCGAUCUGGCAGUGUAUGAGAGCUUGAAGAACCUCUGGCUGUCACAUUAUGCCAAAGACACAGCCAACCCAGGGAUUCUGGUGCUGCUUGGCUGUGGGACCCUCUCCAGCACCUGUGGGCAGCUGGCCAGUUACCCCCUGGCUCUGGUCCGCACCCGCAUGCAAGCACAAGCUUCUCUGGAGGGGUCAGAGCAGCUGCCCAUGACCAAGCUGGUGAAGAACAUCCUGGAAAAAGAUGGCUUCUUUGGACUUUAUCGUGGCAUCCUGCCUAAUUUCAUGAAAGUCCUACCGGCUGUCAGUAUCAGCUACGUGGUAUAUGAGUACAUGCGGUCGGGCCUGGGUAUUCAGAAGUAGGCAUGAGUCUGCAUGUGUGAGUGUAGGAAGAUAUGCAGAAGUCCCCCUCUUUCACGGACUUUGAUAUGACAUUUACAGAUAUUGUUUACCUGCACACCUUUGCAGUCUGAACUCACAUUGCUGCAGAUGGAGCCAUUUCUAGAUUUUGCAGAGUAAUUACAGGACAUACUGAGCCUCAUUAAGUCACAAAAACUUGCAGCACUCACACACGAGGCUGACAAUAAAUAUUAAGCUCUUUACAAUUUUUUUAAAUGUUGGUUUAUGUCAAAGCUGCAUUUACCACUUCACUGCAGGUCUCAGGGUACUGUGGGCCAGUUGACUGUCAAUCAAAACACUCAAUUUGCUUAUUUUUUGCUUAAUCGAAACACUUUUUUCUCUCUCUAUUAAGGUGUUAUGAUAUCCCUUUCACAGUCCUUUGUCUAUUGAUAUUUGACCAAAAAGCACCUUAUCAUCAUAAAUGUCUCCCAAUAAGAAGCCCAGAGCAUCACCUGCCACAUUUUAUGUUUUGUUUCGUUCCAAAAAUAUUGAUACCAAAAGUUGACAAGUUGCAGUAUUUCCACAUUUCUAUAAAGGGGGAUACUGCAUCUACACCGCUGUCCUUCACAUUGUGUUGUGUUUGUGACUGUUAUUUUUGAGAUCUGAGUUUUGUUGGUAUUUAAAGGGCUUUGUCAAAGACACGAUUGCACUUCUUUGAGGUUGGUGAAUGUGGAGGAAAAUGUGCCUUAUUUGUUUCCUUCUCAGAUAUUUGUUGGCUUCUGCAUCCUCCUGUUCCUCUUGCCUUUCUUUAUUUCAUUAAUAGAUGCUGGAGUUUACACCAAUAAAAGUCUUUCAGUA